UCCAAAUCCAAUCCCCUCUGCCCACCGAGAGCUCCCUGAGCUCCGACCGCCCUGCCGUUGAGACGGCCGCGAGUAAAGGUCCGGCUGACUUCGACAUUAGGCACCUUCGCGCAACGAUGUCCAUUCUUACAGACAGCAGCCUAUUAAAGCUCGUCUUGCGGACACUAGAAACCAGAGGGCUUGCCGACGACGGAAAGUUUGACUGGGACCCCAUCACCUUUGCGUUCACCGUCCAAAUCAGCAUAUUCGCCGCUACGUUCGCCCUGAUUACCAUAUACCAGGCCAUCUUAGCCGCUGGCCCGGGCCGCCCUGGGCUGAUCUCACAAAGGAGGAAUGGAACUGGCAUGACCUGAACCGGCUAACCAUUGCCACUACACCUAUACUCAGGUCGGCGGAGAUAGUGAAUA